AUGAAGAAAUACGGUUAUACUCAGAGCAAUGCAGAUCAUUCCUUAUUUUUGAAGAGACAAAAUGGUAAGAUAACUGUUCUUAUCAUCUACGUUGAUGACAUGAUUGUUAGUGGUGAUGAUGUUGAUGAGAUAACAAAAUUGAAGACUUGCUUGUCAAAUGAGUUUGAUAUGAAAAAUCUAGGCGGAUUAAAGUAUUUCUUGGGUAUUGAAGUUAUUAGGUCCAAACAAGGAAUAUUUUUAUGUCAGCGCAAAUAUGUCCUUGAUUUGUUAAAGGAGGCUGGUAUGUUAGGUUGUCAACCUAUGGAUCCACUGAUUGAACAAAAUCAUAACUUAGAGGAACUUCCUGAUCAAGUUCCUACUAACAAAGCGAGAUAUCAAAGAUUAGUGGGACGCUUGAUAUACUUAUCACACACACCACCAAAUAUUGCUUAUGCGGUUAGUGUGGUAAGUCGAUUUAUGCAUAAUCCAAGUGAAGUUCAUAUGAAUGAAGCUAUUAGAAUCAUGCGGUACUUGAAGUCAGCACCAGGAAGAGGCCCCAUGUUUUCUAAGAAUCACCAUACAAAAAUUAUGGGUUAUUGUGAUUCGGAUUGGGGUGCAAAAGGAGAAAGACGACGCUCAACAACCGGGUAUUUCACUUUCAUUGGAGGUAACCUAGUUACUUGGAAAAGUAAAAAACAAAAGGUUGUCUGA